CCUGAAUUUACCCGGCUGGCACUAUGCCCGGCAAUGGCUAUAGCCGCCGCUUCCAGUCCUGAGGAGGGCGGAUAGGAGUGACAGGAAACGUGCGUCUAUCCCUCAGCCCUCCAUGCUCGACCAAGAGGGUUUUGUCUGAAAGCUCCAACCAAUUGCGUCGCUUAUCUGUCUCCUAUCCUCCUACACUACAUGAUCUCACCACGGAAUGGGAAGGGGAAGCGCAUUAAACAUGGACCCGCAAAGUGGGCGACUGUGAGCGACGGCUUCCUGUGAGCAGUACCGUCAGCGCCCACAGAGAGAAGAGUGUCAGUUCCUAGUGACCCUAAGACAUGGACGUCCUUUGUUUGCUUUUGCUUCUUCCUUUUUGCAGAUCAAUUGAAGUCAUUGUUCCCGAUGUCCCCAUCACUGGGAUGCUGGACGAAGAUGUCAUACUUCCUUGCAGCUUUUCUCCACCAGAUGGAUUUUCUUUGCACGACCUCAGUUUGUUUUGGGAGAUCACAAAACUCCAACAAGUUCAUGCCUUCACCCAAGGACAAGAACAACUAGAAAAACAAGACCCCAAAUUUAUUAACCGGACACAACUUUUUUUGGGGCAGCUACUGCAGGGUAACAUGUCGCUUUUACUGCGCAAUGUUAGCUUAUCUGAUGAAGGUACCUACACAUGUUUUGUUAAUGUUGGGAACUCCAGUUCAGCUGCUGUAAGUCUCCAGGUGGCAGCCUUCUACACUAAGCCUACUUUACACCUGGAGCCUAGUCAAUCUAUUGAAGGCCUUAAACCUGGUGACCAGGUAACAGUUACCUGCCAUACCUACAGGGGAUACCCUCAAGCUGAAAUACUGUGGCAAGAUGGAAGUGGAAAAAACCUUACAGAAAAUGUCACAACGUCACAAGUAGCCAAUGAAGAAGGCUUGUUCCAUGUGCAAAGCUCUAUCCGUGUAACCCUGGAGACCAAUGAUACUUACACUUGCCUUGUAUAUAAUCCUCUACUGCAGGCGAUGACACAUGCAUCUCUUAGUGUCACAGGUCAACAUCUCUCCUUCCCAUUGGUGGCUGUGUGGGUGACGAUUGUGCUGUGUGCUUGUCUUCUUGGUCUUUUAGUUGCCCUGGCAUGUGUGUGCCGAAAACAACUCAAACAGACCUGUGAGGAGGAGCAGGAAGAAGCAGCCAAUGAAGAGCAUGAGGAAAAUGGAGAGUUAAAAACAGCCAUGCAGCCUCUAAAGGCCAGCUCAGCAGAAGGUGAUGACAGCUCAACUUUAGAGUGAGAUUAUUCACGUAAUGAGCUCUCGGAAAUAUACACUGAACCCUAUGCUGGAGGGAAAAGGAAUUUUUAUGGAGUCAUCAGCGUUAGUGGGUUUGCCUUCCUGUGCUGAAUUUUCUUUGGCCAAUGUGUAAGAGCAUUCCAUAUUAGUAGUGUUUAUAAAAGGCUGUAGGAUAAUACUGUUUGUCUGUUCUGCAGCGGAUGCUGGGUCAUAUGGUGAAUACGUUUUAGUAGUUAAGUUAUUUAUGGAUUUUUUUCUUCUUGCAACGAUGCAAGACUGCACAUUUAUACGUCCCCUUAUCAUUUCCCACAAAAAUGUCUUUGUUGUGAAUACAGGACCUUCUUAAGGCUGAAGUCACACACAGCAGCUUUUUUAAACUGCCACUGAUUUUAAGCAAAAUCCAGAAGUGGAUCUGAAAGGAAGGAGAAGUAUAAGUCCUUCUUUUAUAUUUCCCAUUCUUGUUGUAUGUGACACAAGUCUAAUGGUAAAAGACCUGAAACUGCCAUUGAGUGUUCAUUCUGUAUCAGAGUUGUUAUAUUUCCCUAGUUCUGCUGGUCCAGAAACCUGUAAGGGAAUGUAAUAAAAUGCACAGAACCUUAUCACCCCUAUAAGGCUUUGGAAAAAGAAGCAAUACAGUGCCUGAUAUAUUGCACUUUUUAACGGCAGUAAAGUUUGAUACAUUAUUCUGCCUAAGAACCACAACAUUGAGGGAUUUUCUGUUAUUUUGUAAUAUGUUUUUAAUAAAUUUCUUUCAUAUCAUGAAUAAUGUGUUUAUCUUGUUGAAAAGUAAGUCCUGCGAAUAAUUACAGGCUGAAAACCUGUGAUUAUUAAAAAUUUGUUCAUACUCAA